AUGAAUGUGACCGAGAAUAUACGGAAUGUUUCUCAAAGUGUAUCCCCGAAUCACACGUGUUUAAUGUGGAACGAAUCCAAUGAGAAGCGUUACGGAGGUAUUGUGCACCUUGACAUCGUCUCACUUGUUCAGCUCAUCAUAAACAUAGCUGGUGUACUGGGAAACGCUAUCAUUAUAGCAUUUUUACGCAAACAUUCCCUCGGCGGUCGACUACCUACAAUAUUUUUCCGAUCUCAAGCUAUAUGUGACUUUCUAGUUAAUUUGGAAUCGAUCUUUUUCGGAAUAGAUGCGGAAUUAUGGAGUCUGCCAGUAGACUGGGCCAAUCAUCUUGUCUGUCGUCUUUGGCAUAGCCAAUUUCUGUUUUGGCUCGCUGUGCAACUGUCAAUCGGCAAUUUGGUCCUGAUCGGACUGGAACGUUUUCUUGCAUUGUCGUUCCCAAUGACCUAUCAACGAUUGCAACCUUCUCGUGUGGCAUACUAUUGCAUCUCUGGCAAUGUGGUGUACAACCUGAUCAUGGCAUCACCGAAUAUCCUAGAAACCGGUGUCGAAAAUGGUUGCUGUAUAAGUCAGCAUCACGUGACUUCAACCGGAAAACUGUUAAGCGCCUACUCGAUUGUCUGGUUUAUAAUGAUUUACCUUUUGGCUUUUGUUCUCCUGAUCAUAUUCUACGGUGGAGUGAUUGUUGCAUUACGCGAAUCCGCCCUACUCCAUCGGGCUGCCACUCGGUCCGUGGCCAUGAUGCGCUUCACUCGAAUGGCCAUAGUGAUUACGGUGGUCUAUGUGGCCUGUAUC